GAGAACUCGCAGCUGCCCAACCUCCGAAGUCUGCCAUGGCCCACUCCUCUAUUCUAAGUUUCAUUGCCCUCAUUUUGCUUUUGAUCGCAUUGUCUCAAGCUCAGCCGCCAGCAGGGAAUGGUCGUGACGGCGAGGAUCAGGGCCCCGUGGAUGCUGGUACGGCGGUCUUCGAUGGACGUAUGGGCUUGAACUGCGCUGAGGAAGAGUUCCGUCGCUUUGAUGGUGCAUGCACCAACAGGGCUACUCCUUUACGGCAGCUGUUCGGUUCCACAAGGCUUCCUCAAUUCAGUUACUUCGGCCGCCGUAGCUCUGACCGAAUUAGAGAUAAUGUUCGUUCGCUCCCAUCCCCUCGCCUCAUUUCAAACAUUGUAGCGAAGCAGACUAUGGAUGUUCGCGAGAGGCGCGGCUUGAAUGAGCUCGUCACAUUCUUUGGGCAGUUCAUCGAUCAUACUCUUGUGGCUACUCCCGUGAACAACGGGGCAUCGGAGGAUGGAGAGACGGUUCCGAGAGAGCCGUUUUUCAUUGAUGUCCCAGAGGACGAUCCUAUGUUAGCUAACAUAACGGGAGGACAGCUUCGCUUCUUCCGCUCCAGACGUGCCACUGUUGAGGAAAGGAGUACUGAGGUUCGCCCCAUCAACUCGCUCACAUCGUUGUUGGAUCUCGACUCGGUGUAUGGAGCAAGUGAGGAACGAGCCGGAUUUCUGCGAACGAAUAGCGGCGGUCUUAUGAGAGUGGGCCGGAAUAACUUGCUCCCUCAGAACAGCAUGCGUUUGUCGAAUGAGCCUCGCCUUGACAGAAAGUUCUUCGUCGCUGGCGAUCUCCGGUCAAAUGAACACCCGAUGCUCACAUCGAUCCACACUAUAUUCCUUCGCGAACACAAUGACAUUGCCACUGAACUCCAGACCACUUUUCCGGAUUUCAACGAUGAAAGGCUGUACCAGACUGCCCGCCAGAUCAACAUCGCACAGUUCCAGAAGAUUGUCUUCGACGAAUGGUACCCCGCAAUCACAGGCCGCCGUCUUCCUCUAUGGAGGAGGUUCCAAGCUAACGUCGACCCCGCAGUUAGCGUCCUGUUCAGUACGGCCGCAUUCCGUAUCGGACACACGCUCGUGAACAACGUGGUGUCCCGUCAACGCAGUGGCAACCGCAACAUGCGCCCCUUGACUCUACAGGAUACUUUCUUCUCAAACGUCAAUCUUAUCCUGAACACCGGAAUAGACUCUUUCCUUCGUGGUGCUGCAAACACAAGGGCACAAGAAGUUGACUUGAUGGUUGUGGAUGCGCUGCGCAACUUCCUUUUCACGAACGUCAAUGGUGCAGAUGGUCUGGACCUUAUUGCAUUGAACCUUCAGCGAUCGCGCGACCAUGGCGUGCCCUUCUACAAUGACGUUCGUGCGCGGUUCAGAAGGGGAAACAGAGCGAGAACUUUUGCAGACAUUACCAGAAACACGAACGUACAGUCUGCUCUGCAAACUGCAUACGGCUCCGUGGAUAACGUUGAAGCGUGGAUUGGGCUUAUGGCUGAGGAUAAACCGCGAGUCAGUUCAAUGGGUCCGACUAUGCUUGCAAUUUGGGUGCGCGAGUUCAUUAGGAUCCGAGAUGGAGACAGCUUCUAUUAUGAGAACAUGAGCCAGUAUGAUCCUGAGGUGCUUGCCAAUGUGCCCAGGCUCCGUGCCAUCUUCAAUGGGCAGGACACGAUGCGAGCUCUUCUUCUUCGUCAUACUGGUAUCACGAAUGGCGAGCUUCCCUCUAGAACGUUCUUCGCUAACUAG